AUGGCUUCCACUACUAGCCAGGAGAGUCGACCGGCCUCCCAUCCUUUUACUUGCAACACCUGUCAGGUCGCUUUCAGGACAAGUGAGGCGCAGAGAGGCCAUAUGCAAAGCGACUGGCAUCGUUACAACUUGAAGCGUAGAAUAGCGUCGUUGCCUCCAUUAUCGUCCGAAAUAUUUGCGGAAAAGGUCCUCGCCAACAAAGCAUCGCAAGCGGCGGUCGCUGCCAAGGCGGCGUUCACGAGAGAUUGCGCUGCAUGCCAGAAGACGUACUACAGCGACAACGCAUACAAGAACCACUUAGCGAGCCAGAAGCACCGGCAGAAUGAAUUCCGCAUGCGCCCGGGUAGCGUGGGUGACUCGAUGAUGAGCUCGGAGUUUUCCAUUCCGGACAAUACCGACUCCGCAUCCGUGCAGACGACAUCGACAGUGAGGGAAGACCAGGUGGAUCCAGCGGCCGAGGACGAGUUCACAGAAGUGGUGGACACUCUAAAAGGAACCAAUCUGGGAGAGAAGAGCGGAGAUGCACUGCCACGACGACCAAGCCGACCACAUCACUCCGCAGGGCCAGAAGAGGAUCGCCCGGAGCAUCCAAUCUCGCCGGCGACGGUGCUGCAUACGAAGUCGAAUAUUCUAGGCUCAUCCCCAGCGAAAGCCGAUCCGCUCCUCAACUGCCUCUUCUGCAAUCUGUACUCACCUACAGUGGAUUUGAACAUCCUUCAUAUGCAGAAGUACCAUGGCAUGUUCAUUCCCGAAAAGGAUUACCUGGUCGAUCUUCCCGGCUUGAUCCUUUAUCUUCGGGAGAAAAUCAAUGUCGCCAAUGAAUGUCUUUACUGCGGUACGCUGAAGCGCACCGCCGAAGCCUGCCAGACACACAUGCUAGACAAAGGACACUGCAUGAUCGCAUUUGGCACCGAAGACGAGCAAUUGGAAAUCAGCGACUUCUACGACUUCACCACCACCUAUUCCGACGACGAAGACGAAGACACUGGCGAAGAAGAUGAGGCGGCCAGCCACGCAUCCUGGGAAACCUCGUCCACCCUCUCCUCUGUCCCCACCGAAGAGAUCACGUCCGUGGCCAUCGACCAGACCCACCGCUACUCCACCCUCGACCAACAUCAUCACCACACGCACGACGAUCCCCGUCCGCAUAGGAACCUCGACGGCUUCCAUUCCCGUGCCCACGCCGGCCACGUUCCUAAAGCUGUGUUCUUCGACGAUGUCGAGAUGCAUCUUGGCAAUGGCAAGAGCGUUGGCCACCGUUCUUGGCAGCGCGUCUGGCGACAGCGGCUUGGCGGGCGCAACCGUCCUGCCGAGUCCGCUCAAGGAGCCUUGGCAGACGCGGAGGGUGACGUCAGCAUGGGCGACGAGGGUGAGGCGGCCGACGAUAGCCGUGAUUCGGGCGCCUUGACGAGGCGGGAGCGUCGGGAGGAGCUGUUCCAUCGUGGGAGGAUGGGACACCCUUCGGACGCGUUGACGAGGGCGAAUGACGGGCCUGGGAUGACGGGAGUGACGGGGCAGAAGAAGAGGGAGGUGGUGGAAGAGGAGAAGAGGUCGAGACGGACGGAGCAGAAGGAGAGGAGUAAGUAUCUGGCCAUCAAGGAAAGGAAAGGGAAUAUGCAGAAGCAUUUCAGGGAUCCUCUACUGCAGUGA